AUGAAUGAUUCUACGCACACAACGGGCUCCUCCCACUUCGACGGUGCUGGCCUAGAUGUGGCGGACAUCACGAGGACCAGUCCCGAGGAAAGCCAGCAGUUUGGCGCGAACGACUCGUCGAUGGGUUUCGCAAAGAUCCUGCUCGGGGAGGACGACGACAGCAACUCGCCAGCCAGCGGAGCCAUCCCAGGCGAUGCAGGACGCUCAGCCACAGACCCCCAGACUUUCAGCUCUAUUCUGACGCCUCUGCCUUCACAGACCAUUCUCCAAGUCGCAGUGGAUGCCUAUUUCGAUAGGGUGAACUGGUACAUUAUGCUCUUCCACCAGCCAUCGUUCGCGAUCCGGACGCAAAACAUCCUCCGUCGGACAGCGUGGAGACGCGACGAGCUGUGCGAUGUGCUCCUCGUGGCGACGGUCGCGGCUCUCGGGUUGCGGUGUGUCGAACACGACAAGACGUGGAAAGGGCACCACUUGCUCGAGGCCUACUCCGUCACGGCCGAGUCGCUCGUCUCGGACUUGAUGUCGCAGAUCGCGUCGCGCUUCUACGAACUGAUGCUGGAGUCACGCAUUGAAGUGUUUCAAAUCUGCAUGCUGCUGACCAUUUAUCAUGUUUACUUUGGGUCAUCGACCUUGGCCUGGAACGUGUCCGGCGUGUCCACUCGCGCGGCGUACGCACUGGCACUCCAUUGCGACAAGGCUCGAAACACGGACGAGAUUGCGCGUGAAGUGAGUAACCGAUGUUGGAAUCAUCUGGUCGUGUCGGAUCAAUUCUCUUCCAUGAUAUUCGGGCGUCCAGCGUCGCUCGAUCCUGCCUUUGCUCAGUUCAAGAGACUCGCAGACUUGGACGAUACCGACCUCCCCGACGGCACAGCAGCCCUGGCAAUCUUCCAAGAGCCCGGCGGCCGACCCGUGACAUUUCUGACCUACCACACCCUCAAGUUUGAGCUUUACGACAUCAUUCGUCAGACUCUGCAGAGCUUCAGGGUUCUGCAACUGCAGAGUCCCGUCUCGGUCCAAGACCUGAAGUCGCUGAUUCAAGUCGUCAACACCACGGAACUCAUGUUGAAGCAGUGGCACGACAACCUUCCUGCGGUAUUCACAUCCUCGCGAUGGCCCGCAGACGAUCCGUGGAAUGUCCUUGAACUCGACCAGUGUAGUAGCUCGGACGAAAUCAGCCUGAGGAGGAAAAUCGGCUUGCAAGGCUUCAUCCUGCAGCUGUUAUACGACGCCGCGCGAGUAUGGGCGCAUCGACCACUCCUCAAACUCCGAAUAUCCAUCUCUCCUAAGGAAGCCAGCGACAACUUCAAGAUUGCUCGCGACGACAUCCCCGAUUCGUUGGGGACUUCGGUCCGCGCGGCGCUGCGCAUGUCGCGGGUCCCCGUGCACGAGUUCGAGGGCCAGCUCGCUCAGUCGUUCGUGCUCAUGCAUCUCUUCACGGCGGGCGUGAUCCUGUGCAUCGCGCCGACGUGUCAACCGUACAGCCAGAUGGCCGGCGAGGCCAAGGCCGGGGUGCUCCGGAUCAUUGCCGCCUGCAGGGCCAUCAAGGACGAGAGCAAGAUCGCCAAGCACACGGACCAGAUGAUGACGAGGCUCUACAAGAAGACGAUGCAGCGCGAGAUGGACAAUGCGCUGCGACCACCGCCGCCGCCGCCCCCGGACACGGGGGGCAUCAUCGCCAAGGACCGACUAUUAAUCGGGCCGACGUUCGACGCAACGAGGCAGGUCCAGGACAGCAACAGCAGUGUCGGCUAUCGCCAGCCACACGGCGGAGGGACGAACAUGAUGUCGUCCAAGUCGCCUUCCUUCCAGGUAGGCAUGACGGGGACAGCGAGUGUGAGUGCGAGUGCGUCCACAGGAGGACGUGUAGGGCCGUUAUCGUCGCCCCCUCCGAGUCUGGACUACCAGAACCACACCCGCCACGCCGGCGCCGAAGACUUUCCCGACCACCAACCCGUCGUCUCGUACCUGCAGUUCGAAUCCCUCUGCCACAACAACCAGAUGUUCCCCAACGUCAACGAGCACAUUGACGAAGCCUACGGUGCUUUUGAACAGAGUAAGUGCCUGCCACACCACAAACAUCAAAAACCGCCCUCCCCUGCUUAUUCCUGUUCAUGA